CCAUAAUCCCUCCUCGGCGGGCUAUAAAUAUCCACGGGGCCGUCUUUUCAACCCAUUUCCGAGUUGCACUUCAAGUGAGAGCUCCAGCGAACAUGAAAUCCGUAUACGUCUUUUGUGGACUUUUGGGCCUCUGUUUGGCCCGAGUGCCGUUGAGUAGCAGCGAUAACGAUGAUGGCUCUUACAACCCUGCCAAAUACGAAGAUCCUUACAAGCACACCGAGGUUGAAGACUACUCAGGCGAACCCCAACAACAAUUGCAUCAGCAACAGUAUCAACAACCGCAACAGUUCCAACAACCGCAAGAGUACCAACCCCAGGAUUACUACCAGGCUCAACAACAAUCCUUCUUCCGCCCCACGCCACCCCAGUACCGCAGCCAGCAACCCGAACAGUACGUCACCGACCCAAAGAACGCCGCCAUCCUUACCGAACAGAGGUAUUUGAACGGUGACGGAAAAUUCGGAGCGUCCUACACCCAAGACGACGGAGUCCAGUUCAAGGAAGAAGCUUCCCCCGAUGGAACCAGGAGGGGAUCUUACAGCUACGUCGACCCCUCCGGACAGAGGAGGACAGUCACGUACACCGCUGGCAAAGACGGCUUCCAGGCCUCUGGAGAUCAUCUUCCCGUCGGACCUGCCCCGCAACCCCAAGCCGCGCCACCACAGGCCGCGUACGCUCCCCAGGGCACACCGCAGCCCGCAUACGUACCACAAGCCGGCCCUGCGUACCGUCCCCAACCUCAAGCUUACCAACAACCCGCCUAUGCACCUCCCCAGUCCCAAUAUCAGCCCCAAGCGUACCAACAGGCUCACCCAAACAGCUUGCCCAACGGAAACGGCCAAUAUUCCUUCGACGCUAGGUACUGAUCUCGUUAAUUUAGGUUAGGUAUUUAGUUUACAAUUUCGAAGAAUUAAAGGCAGAUCGACAGCCUUCGGUAAACCCUCUCCGGGGUCAAAUAAAUUAUUUUUUUCGUCCAUUGACUUUUCCUUUGUUUUAUACGUGAUUAUGAUGAUGAUACAAUGAUACAAAACUGUGUACUUAUGUUAAUACAAACAUCUAUUUAAAUUCAAAUAGAUUUUUUUUAAAAAUA